AUGCAGAUCUUGAACAUCAGUUCUGUGAAGGAUAAAGAAGAAGUGCAGAAGAACUAUGAACACUUGUUCGCUGCCAACGAUCGCAGUAAAGGAGGUUCUUUUUAUCUUCAGUCAAAGGUGGUGAGGGCCAAGGAACGUAUCGAUGAAGAACUGAAGCACGCAGGUGAAGCAGAACCGAAGUCGUCGCAGACCUCUCAGCAAGCGCAGUAG